GCCAGCACCAUGGCCAGCAUCAAUGAGCUGCCUGAGGAAGUCCUCCUGGAGUUGUUCUCCCUGGUGCCAGCUCGGGAGCUGCUGAGGCGCUGCCGGCCAGUCUGCAGCCUCUGGAGGGACCUCAUCGACCAGGUGUCCCUGUGGAAACGCAAGUGCCUGCGAGAGGGCUUCAUCUCCCAGGACUGGGACCAGCCAGUAGACGACUGGAAGGUCUUCUACUUCCUCUGCAGCCUCCAGAAGAACCUGAUCUGCAACCCCUGUGCCCAAGAUGGGUUCAAAUUUUGGAAACUUGACAAGAACAGAGGAAAUAAAUGGAAAGUGGAAGACAUACCUAGAGAUCAUGGGACAGAAUUUCCAGAUCCCAAGGUCAAGAAAUGCUUUGUCACCUCCUAUGACACCUGCCUCAAAUCUCAGCUGAUAGAUCUGAAAGCCAAGGGCUAUUGGAAGGAAUUGAUGGACAGUGUGAAGCCAGACAUUGUGAUCAAGGAUUGGUUUGCUGCCAGAAAUGAUUGUGGCUGCACCUACCGCAUCUGUGUGGAACUGUUGUCAGAUAACUUCGAGGUCCUGGCUAAAUUUAAGCCGGCCCCUGUGUACAUCGAGCAGUGGAGUGGAGCCAAAUGGAAAGAGGUUUCCUACACAUUCUCCAAUUACCCCCCAAGAGUCCGUUACAUCUACUUCCGGCAUGGAGGCAAAGAUACUCAGUUCUGGGCUGGCUGGUAUGGCCCAAGUGUCACCAACAGUAGCAUCACCAUCAGCCCUGAAGUCAGUAGGAAACCCAGUUCUGCAGAAGGGGAGGACCCUUUCAGGAAACGACCUAAUACGCUUAAAGCAAAAACUGAGGAUGUCAAUUAGGGAAUGAUGAGACAAACUGAUUGUAGUACAUGAAUAUAA